UGGAGCGUGGAGGGCUACAAGUGCUUCUCUAUGAGACUUUCAUAGAGCAGCCUAGGAAAUGCAACAAUCAUCUGCCAAAUGGAUGCAAACAUAAGAGAGAGACUGAAAAGAAAUACAUGUCAGAGGGAAUUUGUUUAAUCAUUUAGCAGCUGAAACAAGCCAUAUCCCUAGCAAAAUACUGGUUAGAGGAUAGAAGAUUGCUUUGAGGCAAAAGCUCAUGUACCGUGAUAACGCUUGAUUGUAUUGUUGACAGAGGUUCCUGAAGCAUGGCUUAGGUUAGAAGCCGUGGCUUGCUAGAGAGGAGUUCUGAUGGCUUGUAUGGAGCUUCUGUACCUCGCCAAGAAGGGUAGGCGAUCAGAUCUGUGCAACAAUGUGGACUGGAGUUUGCAAGUCCCUCCCUAUGAACAGCAGAGCGAUGGGGAUGAUAUGGGGGCAAGAACAGCAGCUGCGGUGGCAGCUCUCUGCUGCGAUCGGCACUGCAAGUCUAUACAAAGGGCAGCUACAGCAGGUCCCACCCAGGCACCCCUUUCCUCCACUCCUACCCUCUCCUUCUCCUGGCAGCAUGCAGCAGCAUCAAGCAGCAUCCAGCCCCACUGUCAACCAGCUCACUUGGAUGGAGAAGAGGAAGCAGAAAAGAAGAGAGCCUGCUGCUGUGCCCAGGAACUGGAGACAUCAUUUACUUCUAGGGAUGAAAAUGUCAAUCUGGAGCAUAUGAGAAAUGCCCCUUCUCCUGUGAAGAGUUGCUGCCAGGUUCCCCCUGCCCAGCAUAGCUCCUGUACAGAGAUCCCACUCGAUUGGGCUCAUGAUCCUACCUCCCUGAUCUCUGAGGAAGAUGAUACUGGAUCAGAAGCUGCUUCAGGGACAUCUAUAGACUAUGGGUUCAUUAGUGCCAUCUUGUUCCUGGUUAGUGGGAUUUUGCUAGUUAUUAUUUCCUAUGUGGUGCCCAGAGAUGUGACUGUGGAUCCUAACACUGUAGCAGCCAGGGAGAUGGAGCGACUGGAGAAUGAGAGCGCUAGAAUCGGGGCUCACUUGGAUAGGUGUGUGAUCGCUGGGCUGUGUCUCUUAACUCUGGGGGGUGUGGUGCUGUCCAGUUUAUUAAUGAUGUCUAUGUGGAAAGGGGAGUUGUACAGGAGGAAUAGAUUUGCAUCCUCCCAGGAAUCUGCAAAGCUGUAUGGUUCUUUCAAUUUUAGAAUGAAAUCCAGCACAAAUGAUAAUACACUACAGUUAUCAUUAGUAGAAGAAGAUGCAUUUGCCAUAGAUAAUUAGCAUGGUCGUGAUUUUUAAGGCACUAUUUCUACAGGAAAAUAUGUUCUAGUAAAGAAAACAAUUACAGCUAAAGAUAGGUAGUAAUGCCGUUCAAUUGCCUGGCAAUAAAUGUCUUUCCUUAAACUCUGUAACUGAAUGUUUGCAUUAUAUGGACGUUUGUUUUUUAGGGGAAACCUGCUAGGGAUAAUGUAAUCAAUAUCAGUGACACUUUCUUAUUUAAACCACUGAAUAAAAAUAAAUUUGUGAUAACCAGGGUCCCCAAAUCUCCUUUAUCCUAUUUUUAAAACUUUUUCCCCUAUUUAAUUUCUUAGUACCCCAAUACAAAACACUACCAUCCUGCCAGAUUUGAAAGCUGUUAAUUAUUACAGCCUACAUGAGGAUUAUUAACAGUCUGCUUGGUAAUAUAUUAAGGGAGAGACCAAGUCUGGCAUUUAAUCCCAGCAAUUAAGGAUGACAGUCUCUUAUACUUUCUUUUUUAAACUGACCCCUUUUUUUCCUGACAUGAAAGCCCAGAAAAUCCAGUAAUUUAUCAUGUAUGCAUUGAAAACACAGAUGUCUAAUUUAGAAUUCUCCACCUUCCAAUUCACAAACAUUCAAUUAUCUCCACAUAAUUGUAUAAUCAGUGCUGAUUAUUAAAAAUGUGAAGUAUGGGUGUGGCACAAGGGAGUGAAUAGCUCGGGGCAUGGGUAAUAGGAUAAAAAGGGCCUUUCACCUCUACGUCAGCAGUUCAGUUUCACUCUAGAUCAGCAGUGACUGAAAAUAGAUAACGUGUGAUGGCUUUUUGUGGCCUUUGUGAAAUAAGUCUAGUUCCCAAUGGACAGAUGUUGAGAUAGAAAAACUGCCAUAAAUUGACACCAAUUGACCUCCUUGUUGGGAAUCUCAAAGAAGCCAAAGAUCGGAAGAGGAUCAAGAUGGAAACCUCUCUUGCAACAGCGGUGUGAGGCAAGUUGCAGGGCUGUGCUUGUGCUGAGGCUGCCUGUAUUCCCUUGAAAAAUAGAUUUUAAUCCACUAAGGCUGCCAACUCUGCACCUUUCACAACCAGUGAAAAAAGUAAAAUGGGCUGUGUUCUCGUCACAACAAUAGCAUUCGAUGCUCCACCAAUCAGCAUACUACUUGAUUUUUUUCAAAUAUAGACUUCUAUAAAUAAUUGUCAGAAAAUAAAGGUUAGAUACCCAACAAUGAGACUGCCUGACACUGACUUCAUGCAGUGUAGUAGUUGGUCAAAGAAAGGUGAUGUGAUCAAUGAAUUCUGUGUAGCACAAUGGCCAAUGAUUAAAUGCUGAGGGAAUUUACUUGGCUGGCUGACAUCUUCAAUGGAAUGCCAAAACAGAUGGGUUUUUGUGACUUUCGUUUUGAGGGGGAAAAAUGAAAAAUGUUGGUCAGUAGUAUGAUUUCUUAAUAUACACUGGUUAGGUAUGAGCUGAUCCACUGGCAAGACCAAAGAGCGGCUAAGGGAUCUGUUCGCACUGUCCCUGACAUUUUGGCCAUGGAGUUUUGCAUCCGACGAAGUGGGUAUUCACCCACGAAAGCUCAUGCUCCUAAACGUCUGUUAGUCUAUAAGGUGCCACAGGACUCUUUUGCUGCUUUUACAGAUCCAGACUAACACGGCUACCCCUCUGAUACUGGAGUUUUAAUAGACAUUCAUAGCUUGACUGCCACAGUAUUGUCUGCCCCAAGCAUUAAAAAAUCAUGAAUCAACCCUCCCCACCCCGCCCCCCAAAAAAUCAUCAAAUUAGUUUUAAGAUUGAGCAUCUUAUUUGCCUUCUAGGAUUUGAGCCUUUGGGGUGCCUUCAAGUCACAUUUUCAAGCUUCUCUCCGCAGCCAUGAGGAACAGAAACUUUCUUUUUUGAGUGAAAGUGGAGAUUCUCAUGAAAACACUUGACUCCAGGAGCUAGGGCUGGAAGAAAAACACCAAAUAGCAUGAGACUUCUGACAAAAUAAUCAGAGAGCUGGCAACACUCUGAAUGCUAUAGUUCUUGGGCCUGAUUCUCCACUGGCUUGCACUUUGUGAUUUUGCACUGGUGUAAGUGACUGUAAUAUUACCUAGCUCUUACAGAGAUCUUCCUCCCUAGAUCUUAGUGUGCUUUACAGAGGAGAGCAGUAUCAUUGUCCCUAUUUUACAGAUGGGGAAACUGAGGCACAGGGCAUUGACAUGAUUUGCUCAAGGUCGCCCAGAAAACCAGGGACAGGGCUGGAAAUUGAAUGCUCAUCUCCUAAGUCCCAUUCCAGCAUGCUGUUCACUAAACCACUCAGUCUGCACCUCCACCGGUUCAGGGUAACAGAGAAUCAGCCCCUCCUUGUCUGAUUCUGGAGUCUAAGAUUUUACAUUGUCACCUCAGAGUCUGGCCAAUGAGCUGUCAAUUCUCAGUCUUGCAUGACUAGUGAAGAUCAUGAAUGCAACUCUUUGCUCUCACAUGGAGAGUAUCCCACACUGUCUUUGCAGAGCACGUUCAGAGUAAAUAUCUGCUUUGAAACACAAGGUGCUCUUAUAAGCAGAUUGACAACAGUUUGUGACUCAGAGCAGGAAAGGGGGAAAAUGCACUUGAACUGGGCUCUGCUAAUGGGCCUUCCUAGGCUCUGAAUAAGUAUGUCUGGGGAUCAGCUUGUCUUCUGUGGUCUUUCUUUUAAUGCUGUCCCAUGUGACUGGAAAGAGGUUUUAAUUCAAUGUGAAAGGUAUGCAAAUCCAUUCCUUCGCACCUCUGUUUUGGUGGACAUCAGGAGGGCAUGAUGAGGGGAAAACACUGAAUGGCCUAUUAUGCCUUUCCCUCUGGCUGAUCACUUCAUAAGACAAAUGCCGGACUUGUGUUGGGCAUUCACUCCUUUGUGGUUCAGAGAGUCAUAUGUGCUUGCUCUGGGAUUCCCCUCAUACAAAUGGGGCAGCAUUUAUGCAGCUAAUAGAUUUGGACAGCCUAAGGAAUCUAUUUGGAUUUCCAAAGUGUCCACUGAUGUAGCACCUGGAAGGAUUAGAACACAUUCCUGUCUUCCGCUGUUUGCAUACUGCGUAUCUGUAAGGAAUGUCGUGUUGUGCUGGUGCUUUAAUGUUGGCCCUGUAGAGAGGUGGCAUUUCAAGUCUCAAGCCAUGCAGACUGCCCUUCUAAGGUGUGUCUACACUGUACACUAACCCCGGGCUCCAACUCAAGCCCCCAAAUCUGUCUGGCUUGGGUCAGCAAAUAUCAGGAUGCCAUCCUAGGACCCUUGUAGGAGGUGGGUGAGCGCCUGAGUCCCACUGUGACUCAGAUCCAAGUCCUGUCAUUUUGCAGUGUGGACACAUGUCAAGCCUAAGUCAGAAGAUCUGCAUAGUGCUGUCUGGAUGCACUAGCACAGCUAUGAGACCCAGUCUAACUAUAAGUCCAGGUUUAAAAUGCAGCUUGGAUGCUCAAAUAUGGGCUUGGACACACUAAGUCAACAAGCCUAUGUCCCACAGACCCAUACUUAGCAUGCGGUGUAGACUUAUUCCUAGUUCAUUGCUUGGCACUUAUGGGAGCAGAUAUUACGCAAUUGUAAUGAAUGCACAAAGGGAGGAGUGUGUGUAUUUGAGGAGCUUGCACUCCUACAGCCACAUGGAUGUUCCAUCAUUAAUCCAGUUCUUAGCAGGAUUAAUUUUCUAAAAUAAAAAAUAAAUUUCCUUACAUGGACGUAGAAGCUGUUUUUGGCCCAUUGGAAUCGGGCAGAAUGGUAAAUGGGGUCACUGAGAAUUAUAAGACAUAGAAGGAGGAUUCUUCUCCUGCUUACCCCUUGCUCCAGUCUGCUACUAACCCAUACUAGUAGCAGAUAACUCCCCAAACAGUGCUGACUCACAGUGAUAAUUGGAGGUGCAGCAUUCUAUCUGCCCCUGCCCUGCUGCUUUGGGAUGGCCAUGGGAGUAGUGUGAGCUCACUUACCCCUAUGUGCCCAGACCUGAGGGCCAGUGAAGCCUCACAGGGGUGAUGGGUGGAGGAUUACUACUCCCCCCUAUGCUGCUGAGUGAGCUUCUGGGGACGUGAUGUGGCCCUUAUUAAGAAGCCUGAGCAGGUAGAGCCUAUCCAGCUUUCUUCUACUGUUAUUUGUCCAUAGAUGUUGAUAGAGUGAAGAAACCUGUUUUGCCCACUGAUGCUAGCCAAUGUAGUAUGUCACACUGAGUCUGAUGAGAGCCCUUAAACUUAAACUGGAGAAGAGUCCAACUAGAAAUGCUGCACUCUGAAUUUUCAGUCUUACAGUUAAAAAGUCUAAAACAGAAGCUGUAAAUUUUGAGCUUGGAUGGAUAUUUUAAAAUUUAUAUUUUAACUAUACAUAUGUGUAAGCUUGGAGUGCAUAUUAUAACCGCAGAAGGAUCUGAAAAAGAUCAGCAAUUUUUGAGGCUGUAAAGAUCGCACAUUUUUGUAAGACUGUGGCAGGCCUUACUGCAGAUUAUUAGCACUAGAAAAAAGAACACUCCCUUCAUUGUCAGCAUAUUAUUAAGUGAGACAUUUUCUGACACUUUGUAAAAGUGUUUCACAGAUCAUGAGUGAAUUAUUUUAAAAUGAACCCGCGGGUUUUCGAUGAAUGUCUUAGGCAAAGAGAGGCCAACAAAAUGGUCUCGGUAUGCAUGCAAUUGGGAGAAAUCUGGAAAUAUAAAUAAUAUAACCCAUGUGGGGUUUUUUGCUUGGUGUUACUGUAUAAAGGGGAGGGGAGGCUUCCAGAGAAGGAAAUGGAGGGGGAGGUAGGAAACAAAACUAUCCAGACUUUCCUCUGACCCCAUAUUGAGAUACUUUGACAGUAGAUAGGCUGGUGGGGGUUGGUGAUGAUAUAAAUGAAGUCUGUCAUUUCUAGAUCUCUACUUCUAGUGCAGUACAGUAUGAUAGUGACCCAACAGUUCCCAGUAGACAAAUGUUCACAUCACAAAAAUAGCCAUCACAGUUGGCACCCUUACAGGCAGACUCAGCAGAGGAUCCAAGGAUUGGCUGGGAAAGGAGAUUGAAUUACCACCUCAUUGCAAACAGAAGGGAUUUCUCCUGGUCUGAUUUGAAGCACACUGAUGAAGCAGCAUGGGGGAAGCUUGCUCUCUUGUUGCCCAUGCUGUACCUAAUGUAGGGAUUGACAGAAAACUUCAUUCUUCCGGAAUGUAAAUCUGGCACUUUUCCUGAGGGCCAAAUUGGUUAGGGCUGGAUUUUAGGUGCAGGCCUGACCAAAGGGUAUUGGUAAAUUUGGGAAGGAUUGGACUCAGACAAUACCCUUCUUGCUGCCUCCUCAUUCUAAGGGUAUGUCGACCCAGCAGUUAGAGGUAUGACUGCAGUGCACCUAGCCAUACUUGAGCUAGCUUUAAUUUAGCAACAAAAGUGAAGCACAGGCUUCAUUGUGGGCUCACCGCCUGAAUACGUGUCCAGGGUCCCGGGUAAGCUUGUGUAGUAUGUCCAGCAAUCACCAACCAGCUAUAGUAUGGACAUGCCCUAAGAGGGUAAUAAUUUACUCUUGGCCUAUACCAGCCAAAAAUUAUGAUGCCUGCUCCCCUGCUUCACCUUGUAACACCUCAGCUGCCCUGGCCGGCUACAGAGUGGAGCCAAGACUCUGCCUAGUCCAAGUUACUCCCCACCUACCUGCUUACUCCUGCAUGCCCAGAUCCAAGUAGCCUGUUUAAGGCAUUAAGAAAUUCUUUCUUUCCCUUAGUUCCCUGCGUGGGAGUGUGGUCCAGACCACAUCUAACCUUGAAAGUCUAAAAGGCAAUUAACGCAGAACUCAUUAAAACAUUUAAUGGCCAUUAAAACAGUCUCUUGCUGGUUUUUUUGCCCAUCAGUUACAGACUUGUAACAAAUUGGAAACAUUUGGAAACUGAAUAACCCCUCUUCCCUCCACCCCUUAGACUAUCACCAAAGAAAGGACUAACACAAAAUGAUCCUUAGUUCCAUUGUAAGUUUUGGUAACCUACCUGUUUUUCCACAGACAACCAGCUUUACAGUCUCACUGCCAUCCCUCUACAGACAGAAGAACUAUUUUAAAAUCUCUCCUAGAAAUCUCUGUUGGGUUGUUGCUG